AACGAUUAUUCGACCCAAUAAUUGCUUUUAUUCGUUGGAGCCAAAGAGAUUCCCUAAAGGGAUGAUUGACUUGUUCGUUAUUUUUACUAGAGGAGGGUUUGUGCUCUUCUAUGAUGCGCUCAUUCAUACAGAAGGUCGACCUAUUGACCGUUUAAUAAGGUCCGUUCUUUUGGUUGACAAAGCAGGCUUGGGACAAUUGUCAUAUGGAAACUUUACAGUAAAAUGGACACUCUCUAAUCAGCAUGGUUUAGUAUUUGCUGUAGUGUUUCCUAGAAGGCUACCCAUUUCUUAUGCCAACGUGCUCUUGGAACAAACCAAAGACUCGUUUUGUAAACGGUUCAAAGAACUCCUACAAGAUGAAUACCAAUUGUUAACAACUGACUUUUAUCAAGCUUUCGCUCGAGAUUUUCAAAAAAUAUUGCGAAAUUCGGAAGAUGGGGAUCUAGAGUUACCGCAACCAGUUGAAGAAGAAGAGAAAAAUAGGAGAGGACAUAAGAAAGAACCUCAGAAUACGCCCAUUGUUCAAAAACAGCAGGCAGGAGACCACCACACGAAACAAGAGGCAAAAUACCAAAGCCAUUCAGAGACGCAAACACAGAAUGGAACAGAGGAAGAAGAUGAACAAGAGAGAAUUCGCCGAAACAUCGAAAAGUUGAAGCUAAAGAAAAUGAAAAAGCCGGAAUCAAAACGACAUGAUUCCUUGCAAACUAAAAAGGACGAAACUUUAUCUACCAGUAGAGGAAAGAAAAAUACGGGUAAACUCAGUGACAAGUUGUCCAAACAGGAAGCAAAGGCAUUAGACUAUUCGUUGAUCAAUAGUAACCAAGAUGAAGAAGAGUCUCAGGUCAAUCAGAAAAUUGAAUCACUCCGUUCACAUUUCAUUCCUCAAGUUGAAGAAGAUGAGAAAUCCAAUUCAGAUUCCGAAAGUUUUACCGAAUGGGAAAAAGAAGAAGAAGAGUUUAAAGGCACAAAUGGUACAUCUCUAGAAAGAAAGUUUUCUGGAACAUUACUUUCCCGAGGAGUUUUAUCUUUUUUUAAGGGACUGACAACCAAAAAGGAGUUAACAAAAGAAGACUUGGAGCCCGUUCUUAACAAGUUUCGAGAUACCCUCAUCACCAAGAAUGUGGCUUCCGACAUUGCACAAAGACUUUGUGACAGUGUUGGACUUACAUUGCAAGGUAACAAACUGGAUACUUUUGGUAGUGUUAGUCGCAUCAUUCGAAAUGCUUUGGAGAUUUCCGUUGCAAGAAUGUUGACUCCGAGACAAAGUGAUGAUCUAGUUGCGGAUAUUGUGAAUAAGCGUCGUGAAACAGGCAAACCAUUUGUAAUUGUAUUUUGUGGUGUGAAUGGCGUUGGAAAGAGCACUACUUUGGCCAAAGUUUGCUAUUAUCUUCAGUCUAAUGAUUUGAAAGUUAUGAUCGCUGCUUGUGAUACAUUUCGAGCUGGUGCAGUCGAACAGUUACGCAUUCAUGCUCGUUGUUUAAAUGUGGAACUGUUUGAGAAAGGUUAUGCAAAGGAUCCUUCAAGCGUGGCUUCAGAUGCUAUUCAUUAUGCUUCAGAGAAGAAUGUGGAUGUUUUGCUGGUCGAUACUGCCGGACGUAUGCAAGACAAUGAACCUCUUAUGAAAGCCUUGGCCAAGUUGGUAAAUUUGAAUAAGCCUGACAGAGUUUUCUUUGUGGGUGAAGCUUUAGUCGGAAACGAUGCCGUUGAUCAACUCCUCAAGUUCAAUGAUGCUUUGAUUGAUAACCAAAAUACGAACAAACCGCGCGAGAUCGACGGUAUUAUAUUAACCAAAUUUGAUAGCAUAGACGAUAAAGUGGGAGCUGCAGUGUCUAUGGUGUACUCAACCAAUAUACCGAUCGUGUUUGUUGGAGUUGGACAAACAUAUGUGGAUUUGAAGAAGAUGAAUAUCUCUUGGUUUGUAAAGGCAUUGUUGAGAUAGAGAGGUUGACUUUUGGCAACUAAAGUGAAAAGCAUGUCAACUGUUGAAUUCCAAAAAUAAAAAGCUUCAACAUUUU